CCUUUAAAUGAUUUCGCUGAGGAUCCAUUUUUGGCUUUCGCGCUUUUUCAGGAUCUUACGCUCUCCGGCCUCAAUCUCCUUAUCUUUCUCGCAAUAAACCCAAAAAGAACUCCCUCUCCAGUCGCUGCUUUGUUCUUUUGGUCACAAAGCGGCUCUCUUUAUCAGAUUUUCCUCGCUAUUUCAACUAAAUGAUCCCUUUCGUCGUCUACUGGCCUUAAACGCUGCCUCUUUUUUCUAUCUCUAUCCUCUCCUGACUCGCUACCUCUUUUUAAUUUCACUUAUGCAGUCUCUAAGGAUCACCCAGGGCCGAUUGUGCCCAUCAUCUCCAAAAUCAGUAAACACCCAUCUCAGUUUUCUUCCGAUCGCACAACUUGGUUUUGCUUAUUUGUUUGGAGAAAGGUGUAAAAAGGCUUCCUUGACGCUUGUAAGAACAGAGGUAGGCGGGCUGGGCAAUUCACGAGAUGGAUUAUCAGAGGUUCAAAAUGGGAAUGAAGAGAAAGGUCUUAUAUUGGGGGCAGAAAGAGAUGAGACUGGUUCUGUUAUUGGGUUUAACUUGAUUUCUCAGUCUGGUGAUGAUGGCAUUGAAUCUCCUGACGAUGUAGCUAUUGAUAUGGCAGAAGAAACUGUGGAUGCUGAAGGCAGAGAGAAAGCCCAAACCAGAGUAAAUCUCAAUAUUGUUUUUGUUACUGCUGAAGCAGCACCAUAUUCAAAGACAGGUGGAUUAGGAGAUGUUUGUGGUUCUUUGCCUAUAGUACUGGCUGCCCGCGGACAUCGUGUAAUGGUUGUUUCCCCUAGAUACCUGCAUUCCUGUCCUGAAGAUAAGAUUUUUGAUAAUGCUUUAGAUUUAGACUGUCACAUCAAGGUACAAUGCUUUGGAGGCGCACAAGAAGUCUCCUUCUUCCAUGAGUAUAGGGAAGGUGUAGAUUGGGUGUUUGUAGACAAUCCUUCAUACCAUAGACCUGGAAAUCCAUAUGGUGAUAGCCAUGGUGCUUUUGGUGAUAAUCAGUUUCGGUUCACUUUACUUUGCCAUGCAGCAUGCGAAGCUCCUCUAGUUCUUCCACUUGGAGGUUAUAACUAUGGAGAGAAAUGUCUCUUUCUUGCUAAUGACUGGCAUGCUGGGCUAGUCCCUGUACUUUUGGCUGCCAAAUAUCGUCCUCAUGGGGUUUAUAAGGAUGCCCGUAGUCUUCUUGUGAUACAUAACCUUGCACAUCAGGGAGUGGAACCUGCUGUCAAAUACAAAAAUUUUGGACUGCCUCCAGAGUGGUACGGGGCACUGGAAUGGGUGUUCCCAACGUGGGCAAGAACUCAUGCUCUGGACACAGGUGAAGCUGUAAAUGUACUUAAGGGUGCAAUUGUGACAGCUGAUCGAAUUCUCACAGUUAGCAAGGGCUAUUCUUGGGAAAUAACAACCGUUGAAGGUGGAUAUGGUCUGCAUGAGCUGUUAAGCAGUCGAAGGAGCGUGUUGGAUGGGAUCAUAAAUGGCAUUGAUGUUUCUGAAUGGGAUCCAUCAUCGGAUGAGCAUAUUGCUGACCAUUACUCUGUUGAUGAUCUCUCCGGAAAGGUUCAGUGUAAGAUUGCUUUGCAGAAAGAAUUAGGUCUCCCUAUGAGGCCUGAUUGUCCAUUGAUUGGAUUCAUUGGGAGAUUGGACUAUCAAAAAGGCAUUGACCUGAUUCGCUGGGCAGUUCCUGACCUGAUGGAAGAUGAUGUUCAGUUUGUCAUGCUAGGGUCUGGGGAUCCACUGUAUGAAGAAUGGAUGAGAGCAACAGAGUCAACUUACAGAGACAAAUUUCGAGGAUGGGUUGGAUUUAAUGUUCCAAUUUCUCAUAGAAUAACUGCAGGAUGUGACAUAUUAUUAAUGCCCUCAAGAUUUGAGCCAUGUGGGCUAAAUCAACUGUAUGCAAUGAGAUACGGAACUGUACCAGUAGUUCAUUGCACUGGGGGACUUAGGGACACAGUACAAACUUUUAAUCCAUAUGCUGAAGAGGGAUUUGGUGAAGGCACAGGGUGGACCUUUUCUCCGCUAUCAAAAGAAAGUAUGCUGGCAGCAUUAAGACUUGCUGUCAAGACAUACAGAGAUCAUAAAUUAUCCUGGGAGGGAAUAAUGAAGAGAGGUAUGGAAAGAGACUACACAUGGGAAAAUGCUGCAAUUCAAUAUGAGGAGGUCUUUGAGUGGGCCUUCAUUGACCAACCCUAUGUUGGCUAAAAAGGUAAUACAAAAUGAGCGAUAGACAACCAAAACACAAAGGAAAAGAAGAAACAGUAUGAGAAAUAUCAUCUGAUUCUGAAGACCAGCUAGAAACCAUUUUUUUCUCCUAAUACUAUGGCUAUGAGUUUUAUUCUUUGUUUAUUUUAGGUCAUUCUUUUUGUUGAGGGAUUAUAAUAUAGGGUGCAUGUGCACCUCAUUCACAAUGAUUUUAAAUUUUUAUUGUAAUGUAUAUUUUGAUGAAAACAGCAGCAGCAGCUUCUAAGAUGGUUA